UAUCCACUGCGCCUGCGCCAGCUGUCCAGGUGGGUUCGCGCCUGGUUACCUGGAGCGCAGAGGCUACAGGAAGCAGGGUAAACUUUCCAAGGGACUACUAAAAAAAAGAAGUUCGCUUAUGUCUUUCCUUUAAGACCUCCUUGGCAACCAUGGGUGAAUACAGUAGGUUUAUAGAGUGGGACAAGAUGGAUCCUACCAUCCAGGCUGAGGAUGAGAAAGAACUGACCAGCACCGAAUUUCAGACUGAAAUGUUGAAACAACUGGCUCGCCAAGGUUACUGGGCCAAGAGCCACUCUUUAAGAGCCAAAGUGUAUGAUAAAUUGAUCGGCUCUAUCCCUUGCCGCAUGGUGACACCCGAUGCCCACGUCUACCGAGACAUUGUGGUGAAAAUCGUUGGCAAGCGGAGCAGCAAUACGCUUUCCCUUCCAGAAUUCGUAGACAAUAGCUUGGUUCCCACAUACUGCCUCAACGCUGAAGGCAUCGGGGCCGUCAGUAAAAUCAUCUCUUGCAUUGGAAGCCAGUUCCCGGACAUCUCGUUCUGUCCGGCUCUGCCUUCCAUGGUGGCCCUCCUCCUUCACUACAGCCGGGAUGAAGCCGAGUGCUUUGAGAAAGUUUGCCGCAUCUUGGCCUGCAAUGACCCAUCCAAGCACUUCAUCGAUCAGACCUUCUUGGCUUUUGAGUCGUCUUGCAUGACCUUCGGGGACCUGGUUAAUAAAUACUGCCAGGCAGCUCAUAAACUUAUGGUGGCCAUCUCGGAAGACGUGCUAGAGGUCUACUCGGAUUGGCAUCGUUGGCUCUUCGGGGAGCUGCCCCUCGUUUACAUCGCCCGCGUCUUCGAUGUGUUCCUGGUCGAAGGUUACAAGGUGCUCUACCGGGUGGCUUUGGCUCUCCUCAAAUUCUUCCACAAGUUCAGAGCUGGGCAGACCCAGGAGUCGGAAAACGUGCAACAGGACAUCCGAGCGUUUGUGAGGGACAUCGCGAAGUGGGUCUCGCCCGAGAAGCUGCUGGAGAAAGCGUUCGCCAUCCGUCUCUUCUCACGGAAGGAGAUCCAGCUUUUGCAAAUGGCCAACGAGAAGGCCCUGCAGCAGAAAGGCAUAACGGUGAAGCAGAAAAG